AAUGAGAGAAAAAACAAAGGAAAGUAUAUUGACCGUUUCUUUAGUUACAUCACACGCACACAACACAACACGCAGUAGCCCUCUCCCCUCUCCUUGUUCUCUUCCGAGAUUGGUUCAUUUGUUUCUUCCAUUUUUUCUCUUUCGCCCAAUCUCAGAUAGGGUUCAUUGAAAUUUAAUUGAAGAUUGAGAAGGAAAAACAACAACAAUAUAGAUCUACCCAACGACGAAAAUAUAUUUGAUUUGAUUUUUUUCAGAAAAAAAAAGAAAAAAAAAGUACGAAAAAUGGUGAUGGAUGAAACCGGUGGAUCAACAGUGGGUUCGAUCCAGGAUCCGUUUGCGAAUUCGACUACAGCAACGACGGGAGCAACGACGUCGUAUUCUUAUCCAUCAUCGUCGUUUUUCACUAAUUAUCCAUUAAUUUCCGCUUUCCUCGCCUUUGCUAUUGCCCAGUCAAUUAAGUUCGUCGCCUCGUGGUAUAAGGAAAAUCGUUGGGAUCUGAAGCAACUUGUUGGAUCGGGUGGAAUGCCGUCUUCCCAUUCAGCGACAGUAACUGCUCUUGCAGUGGCUGUCGGUUUGCAAGAGGGUUUCGGAGGAUCUACAUUUGCAGUCGCAUUAAUCUUGGCUUUUGUGGUAAUGUAUGAUGCAACUGGAGUACGAUUACAUGCAGGACGUCAAGCAGAGGUUUUAAAUCAAAUUGUAUGUGAACUUCCAGCCGAACAUCCUCUUGCUGAGAGCAGACCCCUACGUGAACUUCUUGGUCACACCCCUCCUCAGGUCGUUGCUGGUGCAAUAUUGGGGCUAUUUACGGCUACACUUGGCCAUCUCAUCUUCGGCACUCGAGUUCGAUAAUUCGACGUAUUAUCAGAUAAGCACUGUGAUUCUGAUGCCUCUUUAUAUAUAGUCAAUAUUUAUAUAGGAUUAGAUUUUUUUUUGUACCUCUUGAAUAUAGGAGGCAAAAUGCAAAUUCCAUUCCCCCAUGUAGUGAGUGUAAGUUUCAAUAUUUUCAGACUUUUGUUUUUGAGGGUGCCAAAUGUAAUUUUUUUUUGUGAGUUUUCGGGUGCGAGAAAUGCCGAAAUGGGUUUUCUCGAGGGUCCAAAAUCGAACUGCUCCAUAUUUAAACAACAUUCGUGUUUGUCAAAGUCAAACCGCGUUUACUGUGUUAAUGAUUUCGAGGUGUUUACGUC